CGCAGACGUCUUUGCGCUGUUGAAAUCAAUUGCGGAUAUGAGCCAGUCAGACCUCUUCCGCUCGUCCGCUGCGAAAGGGGGAUUCUUUCACUGCGACUGGCACAACUUUGCGACUUAAACGUAGUAAAGCAAGAGCUAUGGUCUCGCACCCUGCAUCACUCCUCAUGGCACACCUCCGCACGGCCGCUGUUCCUACAGUGGGUAGGUGUCUAUUCAGAAGCUUUGCGCCUGCCUCGCGAGCUUGCGUCGCCCGCAAUGGCAUUCGCUGCCUGUCGUCCACUACGCCUCGCCGCAGCGCCUUCGCAGUCAACGACCUGACCCAAGUCUUUCACGAUGUUGCACCCCUGCGCAAAUUUCGUCGCGAACUUCUGCUGAACAGCCGUACCGUAGGCCUCGUUCCAACCAUGGGUGCACUUCACGAAGGGCAUCUCUCGCUGGUACGGACGGCAGCAGAGGAAAACACGGACGUCUGGGUCACGGUCUACGUGAACCCUACACAAUUUGGCCUCAACGAAGAUCUAGCCUCAUAUCCGAAGACGUGGGAGACCGAUAUGGAGAUGUUGCGCGACCUGGACAGACAGCUGGCGAGAGAGGGCAAGGGCCGAGUCUCUGCUGUCUUUGCGCCGAGCACCAACACCAUGUACCCAACAUCACCGCCAGACAGCGCCAUACCGGGCGUGGGAAGCUUCAUUGAGAUGCGUCCGCUGGGCCAACUGCUGGAGGGCGCUUCGAGGCCCGUCUUCUUCCGCGGUGUAGCCACUGUGUGCAUGAAGCUUUUCAACAUCUGCACACCGGACAGCGUAUACUUCGGCCAGAAGGACGCGCAACAAACGGUCGUCAUCAAGAAGCUGGUCAAGGACUUCCAUCUGGACACAAAGGUUCGCAUCUGCGACACCUCGCGCGAGCACGACGGUCUGGCGCUGUCGUCGCGCAAUGUGUACCUCGGUGAGCGCCGACGUAAGGUAGGCAUUGUGCUGAAUCAAGCACUGCGGAAGGCAGAGGCACAGUACACCGCUGGCAAGCGGUUGCGCGGCGAUAUCCUUUGGCCUGCAGUCGACCAUGGAGACCGCGUCCAGCACGAGCAGGAGAACAUCCAGCCGAGCAAGCGAGUACUGUUCCAGGUCGACUACCUCAGCCUCGCAGAUCCCGACACAAUGGAGGAGGUCGAGAAGGUUGACGAGACGAAAGGUGCGAUUCUGAGCGGCGCCGUCAAGAUGCUCCCUGUAGAAGAGCCCCAAGAGGGCGAAGAACUAGGUCUUGGAGGCGGCCAGGUUGCUGUGAGGCUGAUCGAUAACAUCGUUCUCAAGCCUACAGCUUGAUGCUCAGAACAAUACAAUGCAUUUACAGAUGCCCCGCUACAUCACGUACCAAGCUGCUCGUUGUCA